AAUGAUUUCUCAGUUUAACCAACGUAAUGUGUUGUUUUAGCUUAUAAUAAUGAUUAUAACACCAAACUACUAAAACAUUUACACUGACAGUUUUUAGAUAAUCAAGUAUAGAAUAACACAUUUUCUUGGGGGAUGCUUCACUGGAAGGGUCAAUAUUGUAAUUCCUUUGAAAUGAUGUCAAUAUUUCCUGCUUUCUUCUGUUGGAGAUGAACUCUUCUGUGAACGUGACCGUGGUUCGGGAGCACCGAGACUCCUUCUCCAAAGCCGUGAUCAAGAACGUGAUCAUCGUGCUUCUCGGCUUCUCCAUCAACUACAUCAAUGCAGCCCUCAUUUACACCUUCCAUAACCACCAGAUCUUCUACACGAAUCCUCGCUACAUCCUUAUUAUUCACCUGGUGGUCAACGACAUGAUCCAAGUGACGCUGAGCAUCAUCCUCUUCGUCAUCAGCUACACCGUCUACAAAAUAAACGUCUCUGUUUGCUGCAUCUUCACGCUGCUGACUCUCGUCACCACUGAAAACACCCCUCUGAACCUGGCUUGCAUGGCGAUGGAGUGCUACAUCGCCGUCUGCUUCCCCCUUCGCCACAUGCAGAUCUGCACCGUCAGGAGAACCUUGAUGCUGAUUAGUUUCAUCUGGAACAUCAGCAUUGUGUCCGUUCUUCCUGAUCUGUUCAUCACUUUGGCCACAGAGCCGCUGGACUUCUUUCAUUCCAGAGUCUUCUGUGUCAGAGAAAAUGUCUUCCCAAAUCCCCUCAUCCCCCUCAAGAGAGAAAUCAUAUAUUCACUGUUUCUAGUUAUCAUUUGGAUCACCAUAUUUUACACUUAUUUCAGAAUUAUGUUCGCUGCACAAUCAGCCAGCAAAAAUGCUAAAAAAGCCAGAAACACAAUCCUCCUCCAUGGAUUCCAGCUGCUGCUUUGUAUGGCAACAUAUGCAAGGCCGCAAGUAUUAAAAGUUAUAAAGCAAGGGGACCCUACGAAUUAUGUAGACCAUCUCUUUGCUUCCUAUAUUAUUAUACAGGUUCUACCACGGUCCAUUAGUCCAGUCCUCUAUGGCAUCAGAGAUAAGACUUUCAGGAAGUUCUUGAAAGGGCAUCUGUGGUGUUGAGCCAGCAGACUGUUAAGCUUUCCUGAGAUGGAUAUCCCAAUAAAAGAUGAAGCAACAUUUACUUGAGGCUUCACUCUCUUCAGUUCUCUCUGCUAAGUAAACAUGCAGAUGGUGUAACCUUCAAACAUACAGCUGUUACACAUCCAUGUAAUUACAAACUCGCAUAUCUACAUAUCUGAGGCACUGCUUUUUAAUUGGGUCUUGAAUGAUUCGAUAUUGAUUCUGGCACUCUCCCAAACCUGAUCAAUGAUUAGGGUUUGGUACCGAAUACCGGUGCCAAUAUGGAACCCAUACGACCGGUGCCUACCAGACUGAAACUUAACGCAGAUUUCGGUGCUUCCUUUCAGCGCCUGAGCUGAUUGAAAUACUUUUUUUUAUACUACUCUGAUGACUCCGCCCUAGCAGUAGGUAACGAUAGCCUAUCGUUUAUAUAGCUACAUUAGCUAGCUAGCCAUCAACCUUUUAACAGAGAAAAUGCCGAAAGGUAAACGGUCAAAAGUCUGGCUGUAUUUCGCAAAAUGCAACAAAAUAAUUGCGUGUAAAGGGGGGAACACGUCAAAUGUAAUGAAACAUCUGGCAACGCAUAACAUCCACUUGAAAGCAGAGGCACCGUGUUCGACCGUGAGCCCGUGCCGAGCACAUCAGAGGCAGUCUGGGAGCGCCCUGGCCCCGGAGAUGGGGAGACCGGUGCCCCUGAAAACAUGGAGACCGAUGAUGACAACAGCAGCCUUACCUCAGCUUCAACAGUGACCUCAUUCACCUUGGCAAAGAAGGCUCAUUUAACACAAGACCAGGUGGAGGAACUCCACAGGUCUGUGACCACAUGUGUGGUCCAGGGACUGCAUUCUUUUUCCACUGUGGAAUCUACAUGGUUCAGCUAAAAAACAAAAGUCAGCCCUAGAGAAGCUGUUGGAGGAUGUGGACCGAGAGCUUCUUCAGGACCACUAAAGGCAGAGCCUGUCCAUCGCUGAACAGGUCCAGAAUGAGAUUGAAAUCUCGAUAAGUCUGCCUUCAAUCCCAAUCAGGACCAGACCCUGCAGCCUGGUGGUGGAUGAAGUCUGCACUUUCAGACCCAUACCUGUGUGUACAGGCCUCAUCGACACCAUCUGAGAGGGUUUUCUCCUGUGCAGGACAUGCAAUCAGUCAGGAGAGGUGUCGUAUUUCACCAGCGCCAGCUGUAGCGCUUUAGUCCCGGUGGAGCAUCCCCCGGCAUGUGAUAAUAGCUCAAAUUGGGCCAGGAAGGCUGCCCAGGCUGACCUACCGGUGUAUUUUGGCGUUUUUACCGUCAAAACAGCAACCGAGUGCUUGUCGCCGCACUCUCCCAUUAACGCUACCUUCUUUCUUCACCUUCGUCCUGCCGACACGAUCCAUGCCCAACAGCAGGCUAACCGGCUAGCUCUCUCACAAGGUUAGGUUAGAGCUCCACGGGAUUUAGCGAUCUUGUCCCUCCGAAGUCACUUCUGACACCAAUGUAACGUUUCGGUACGUUUCCCUCACGGCACGGAGACGGAUCGACGUCCUUGCAGGAACACUUUAUUGAUAGCAUUUACCAACUGAAAACAAAGACAAUACAAAAUAUUCAGUCUGCGUUCUUAAACAUUGCAAUUUACAUUGUGGUACAUGUAUAAAUACACUUUCAUUUUAUAUAGACUUCUA